AAGCAACUUGCUGCAAAGUAUUGAGGAUGUGGGGCUGUGCUCUUAGACAUCCUUCUACAGUAAAAUUCAGAUCAGACUAAACGAAGGGAGUCUGUUCUGUGCAAUGGAAGCGUGAGUGUAGCUCCUGAGAUCAGUUUGGGUUUCCAGAACGUAGAGCAUAUCACUGGAGCAGCCAGCUACGUGUAUGUCAUUUCAUCUGUUAUGAUCUUUAUUUUGUAAGCUGUGUGUGAUCUUUGCAGCUGUGGCCAAACUCAGUGUACUUUAAGCUGUGUUUGUUCUGCGUUCUUUUCUUCACCGAGAUAAGGCAUUUUGUUCAGUGGGAGAAUGCGACCGACCUUCCAAAAACUGAUUCAGAUCAAGUAAUAAUUAGAUGUAAUUACUGUUCCUAGGGGGAAAGUAAUUCUGCCUUGCUGAAAUUCUUUUGUCUUCAGUUCACCUACUCUGUUCUUACUGGAAAUACAAAGUGAAGUGCUUUUGGCACUCCUUUCAAGCUGCUGACGUGUAUUUAAUCUGCUGCCACUGCUCGGUUUCUGUAGCCAGGUAAGUUGCAUCCAUGUACUUCAGUGCUACCAGCAGUGAGGAACGCUCACCCGAGUAACACGGGACACGCUGAACAGUGCAUUGCAGCAGCUCUCCAUCCCAUCCACCUGCCCCUGUACUGCUCCACAAGGCAGCUCUGUGACGGCCUUUUGUUGUGCCCCCACACCUUGCAUCGGGUUUCACAAGGUUGUAGGAGCAGAGUUGUUUUUUCCUGCCCGGUAACAAGCUAGUUUUAUCACUUGCAGCACUUAUGGGAUAUUGUGUAACUUGUGUCCCCUUGUCAGACAGCAGAUCUGACAUGUGUGUGAUCGUGCAUUAUUUGGAACUCGGAGGCCAGACCCAGAAUUUUCUGCCAAAAUGGGUGUCCUGGUGAGGAUCAGAGCUCUGAGAACCCUGUCCAGAUCUGUUUGAGGUUACGUAGAUCAGGACAACCAUUCUCAUUAGGCAAGCACACUUUUUGCCUGUGUUGACAAACUUUAUGUUGAAUAUUCCUAUGGUAUUGAUUGUAAGUAUAAAUACAAAGCUAUUUUGAAAUGAUGGAGUGGACGAGUGUAGAAAAUGAGCUUCAGAGGUAGGUUUACGUUCAAGAAGCUCUUGAAUUGUUCUGGUUUUAAUUUCACUUCAGUGAACAGAAUCUAUUUUUUACCCAUGUGGUUGGGGUGGGUUUAACUUCCACCUUGACUUCUCUGUUCUGUUUCUCUACACCGAGUAGAUGUAGCCCUGUAUAUUUCUGGAUGUACUUAAUCUGAGAAGUUGGGUUAGAUGCAAAUGGACCAGCAGCGCUUGCUCUUUUCUAGGGAGAGAGAAGGAAACAAUUUGUUAGGCCCUAAAGAGGUUCAGGUGAUGGUGUAGUACAGUCAUCCACGUCCCGCUAGCUAAUGGAGUGACUGAUUAACAGAGCCAGCCAUCAAGGCCACCUGUAAAGUUCAGUCUUAAGCAAAAUGUAUCCACAGAUCUCAAUGACCCUUGGCCUUAAAUACGUGCAAGGAGCAAAAUCUGUCUGCUGCAGACUCCUGUUGACAAGAAUUCCCCUAGCUGGCAUAUCUGAAGAAGAGCUCAUCAAGUCCUUGGUGUCUUACUAUGCAGAUAAUUAUCAUGUCCCGUGCCUGCCGGCACAACUGUGAUGUUUGCUGACUGCUAGCAGCUGAAUUGAGGGCUGGAUUUGGUGGUGCUUAGAAUAAGGGUGACUCUAAAAGCCAAAUACACCCAUUUCUGAUGCCAGAAACAUGGUAACAUUUGGCCUGAACUGCUCUUUCUGCCAUUUAACUUUGAUUUUCGUGAGCGGUGUCUCACUGCAAAGCGUAGUGGAUCAUUCUUGUUGGGGAAAAAAAUGGCUUUCAGAAAUGUUCACUAAAUGCCAGGUCAAUAAAACGUCUGUCAUUAUGCACUAACUCCAGCUAGCACACUUGACAGUGUGACGCCUGUCCCCUCUUACAUUUUUAUCCUCAGUUAUGCUGUUUUCAUAGUGACUUUGUAUCAGAAAGCACGUUAUGUCACCAGUUGGUGUGAAUAAGGUAGCUUUUGUCCUUUCCUUCCCAUCAGCUGAAUCAAUACCUUGCUGAAGGUGCUCCCCCUGUCCAUGUCCCCACUGAGCCGCCUCCUUGUCAGCCUGAUCUGCUGCGUGUGCUGGGAGUGGAUGAUGUGGGAGGGAGGAUCCCACUGCUGGAGAAACAGACAGGAUAAUGACUGCUGGGUUCUGCUGAGAGGCUUCUCUUCCCAGUCUAUUUCUGUCCUAAGGACCCACCUGAGAGUUUUUAUUUUUCUUUAGCCUUUCUUGGAGAUUGUUCUUCAAAUUGCUCCUCGGAGACUGAUAUUAUGAAAGUGGUGAUGUAGCCAAGGAAAGACAUUCAUUUUGAGGGCUUCCUUUUUCCGAACUCCGUGUGUCUUUAUGGUGCUGAGGGUGAUUGUGAGCUGAUAGGCACUCACCGCUGCUGCUUUUGAAAAAGAAAACAGAAAGCACUGAGGAAAGGGUUUUCUCUCUUCUUUUUUUUUUCCCCUUCUCAGGAGGUGGGUGGCAAUAGUACUGAAACACAGCUAUGUUUCUUAUCAUAGAAGUGAUCAGCAGUGAUAGAUUGGAAACAUAUACUGGAGGUACGCAAAGGACAUCUGAUAAACAGAGUCAGAUAUAUCAGGAGCCAAGUAAGAGUUCAGGCUGUUGUAUGCUGUAACAAUCAGAAAGAUCAGUGUGAUGGAAUGGUGAUACCAGAGGUGUGAUGACAAAGGGACUAGUGCAGUAGAAAGGUGAUACAAAGGAAAAAGAGCUCACCCAUCUCUGAAGAUGUAGGCUUGAAAGGGAAACUCCAAAGCGAGGCAUCUCCAACCAGAGAUCCUUCCCCAGUGGCAGUCAGCCCUGAAAUGAGGUCUAAGAGAGGUGCAGCCAGGCUCCACCCCUUCCGGUCACAUAGCUGAAUUGCCUUCACCUGUGCUCCCAGGGCUGACUGGGUCCUUUCCCCAGGGACUCAAUCAGUGGUUUAGGCCGUGACUCAGCAGUUCCCAUACAUAUGGUGACCAGCAAUUCAAAGGCAAAAUAUAAGCUAAUUUAAUUCCAUCUUAAAUAUCUUCUGAGUGUGUUGUGAUCAUCUGGUCAUAAGCAAAAGUGUGGUCAUUACAUAAAUAACAGCUGGGGUCCGUGUGUAAUAGCUCUACAAUUUGAUGUUCUUUCAAGGAAAAAAAAGGUUUGCUCUUGCAGUAUCAUUGCAGUUGAUUCAAGUAUGUACUCUGUUAGUGGAAAACUUUAAAGUUCUGACUUGGGCAAGAUUAAAAAUAAUAAAAAAGUGUAUUUCUUCCAAGUAUGGGUUCCUUGGCUGGCAGGCGAUGACUAGCAGCACUAAGACGUGGAGUAAAACCUAAUGGAAUUACCUGACCAUGUAUGGUUAACAGCACGCGCUGUUCCCGUUAAAGAAAAGUAUUGGAUGAAUGAGUAUACUUCUUCCCUUGGAAUUGGAGUAUUCCAUUCGGGUAUAGAGGUGUAUGGCCGAGAAUUUGCCUAUGGUGGUCAUCCAUACCCUUUUUCUGGAAUAUUUGAAAUUUCUCCAGGAAAUGCUUCCGAGCUAGGAGAGACAUUUAAAUUUAAAGAGGCUGUGGUUCUAGGCAGCACUGACUUCAUGGAAGAUGAUAUAGAAAAAAUAGUAGAAGAGCUUGGAAAAGAAUUCAAAGGAAAUGCUUAUCACCUAAUGCACAAAAACUGCAAUCACUUUUCUUCAGCUUUAUCUGAGAUUCUGUGCGGAAAGGAGAUUCCACGAUGGGUGAAUCGCCUUGCCUACUUCAGCUCUUGUAUACCAUUUCUCCAGAGCUGUCUGCCGAAGGAAUGGCUGACUCCUGCAGCCCUCCAGUCCAGUGUCAGCCAGGAGCUACAGGAUGAGCUGGAGGAAGCUGAGGAUGCAGCAGCAUCUGCUUCCUUGGCAAGCUCAGCAUCUGGGUCUAGAACUGGACGCCACACCAAAUUAUAAGUCCUCCUCCAGAGUACUAAAUGGUUUGAAAUACUUCAGUUUAAUCUCUCCAGCAAUUGACUUUCUGACAGAACGUGAGAGCUGACUCCAGAACAUUGUUUUUAUAUGCAAAAAUGGCUCUCAUCAGCCCCUGUUUCAGCUCAGGAUUAUUUAAGUAGCGAAAAGAAUUGCUGAGAGAAAAGGGAAGGAUUUUGUGUGAAGCCACCCUUUUCAUUUUCACCCGUUUGCUAGACCUGAGUUAACAUCUUGUAUAAAGUAGAACUUAAAUUAUUUGUUUACAGUAUUGUGUACUGCUGUUUACAAGUCCUGUAAGGACUCCUGCCACCAUGGAAGAAGAGAGAACGUGAGUUUUACUGGUGUAACUCCAAGGCAGUGGUAUGAUGCCCUGGCUAUGAACUCUCCCCUUUGUUUUCAAGAUUUAAGGCAGGUGCAACUUAAAUUUCUGAGAAAUGCUAGAAACUGCUGAACGCUGUCCAUGUGAACAGGGUACCGUGCGCUCCAAGUGGCUGAUGUAAACAGGUAGAUUCCAGGAUGUAGGGAGACUGAAUUUUGUGUAAGAUCUUUUUAUUGAAGUAUGACCUCUACAUUCAUGAAGCUGAGGAUUUUUGCACAUAUGAAGGGAAAUUUCUAUCUCGUUACGCUGCCCAUUGUUCCCUAACGUUUUGUUUUUUUUUAAUUCAGCCCCAUGCAGUUUGCAGAGUAUCUUCUGUCCAUAUUUACAGUCUACUUCAACCGGGAUUUAGAUAUGUGAUUAUCGCCUCUUAAAAGCAUCAACAAUUUUUUUGCUGUUUGCAUUACUUGAUUUAAAACUUGUAUAUACAAAGUUAGCACUUGUAUAUUUUUUCUUUUAAUUUUAUUAUUUCAUGUAGUUUGAAUAGCAUAAUACAAGCCAUUGAUGGUUGGGGAACGGCCUUGCUUCCUGCUGCUGAUUUUUGCUUCAUUUAAGUUUGUAAACAUUAUUGGGUUUUGUUGUUAGUUUUUUUUUUUUACCUAUAUAUUACCACCCAGUUGUGCGUAUCUGCACAAAUGAGAGAGAAAUCUUAAUUUAUUUUCCCACAGUUUCUAUCUGUGGCAUUAACUUUCUUGUCAGAUGUAAUGAAGAAGAACCUGAAAAUUGCUUAUGCACCUGCGUGUUUACACAGCAGAACCCGCUAAUCUGCACACGUAAUUAUGUCUGAAGGUAAGAGAUGCUAUUUUCUAAAACACAGAAGUAUGUUUGCUGGUAGAUUAUAAUUAGAACUAAAUUAUAAUUAGUGAUCAGAAUAUAUAAUGGAAUGCCUUAUUCUUGUUCACUUACCAAGAGAAUUAAUGGUUCUUCCAGUCAUUAGUGUGAAUUAGUGAGGUUCUGUUGUGCGCAUAUGGAUACAGUAGCACAAAUAUGAGGGAGGUGAGCUUGUGUGUGUUGUAAGACUUGCUGCCUUAAACUGUAACUGAACAACAUCUGUAAACUGAUGAGCUCUCCAAGAAGUGUGCGUUACUAGAAGCAUAAAUGACUUUUACAAGCUUUAGUUUUGAUCUGUUGCUCAGUUUAAUUAUUUCUACAAGUGAAAUACUGACUCCACCGUUUCUGUUGUUCACAAGGGGAAAAAAGAUCCUCCUAGGAGGCAAGAAUGCUUAAUGCUGUGUAUUCUCCAGGCCAUGGGUAGUCAGUGCCAUGAACCCUUCAGGAAGGUGCCGCAGGUUAUGUUCUAGUAAGAAUUUGCAUGAUGGCCAACUCGAUUAAUGUUUGAAAAGAGCGAGAAGUUUUUCUUCUGGCAGUUGGGCUGAAUCCUUUGGAAGACAGUCUUGAAGCUUUCACUCAUCUUCUGUGAUGCAUCGUAGUGACAGAAAGAUAAGCUAAUAUUCAAUAUUGGGGAAAAAUCAAGAGCCAUUCUUUUUUCAGAAGAGUGGGAUAGUUGUAGAAGUCUUGUUAUCUGUGCUUUGGUACAUGUUUUAAUAAUCUCUUCUCCCAAGUGGGAAAUGCUUAAGACUGACAAGUCUACCACAAUAUUUCUUUGGUCUCCAGAAGCUGGACAUACUGACUCGUUUUUUGUUUUUCCACUUGAAUCUCUGAAUUUGAGGUGGGUUUUUUUGCUUUAUUUUUUCCUGUUGUGAAAAUGAACAUGGUGGUCUCCAGUCAACUCUCAAGCAUUACAGAAUGAAAUAUUGCACUACUCACAGCUAAGGUGACAGACCGUAGGUGGGUCGUUUCGUCUCUCCUGUGCAGCUGUAGUAGUAAUGUGACUCUCUUGGCCAAGGCAGGUCCUUUAUUUCAGCUCAGGGUUGAGGCCACUGAUCUAGCAAUGUACUGUAGCUCUUCCUAGGUUUUAGGAAAAAUAAAUAGAAUAAAUUUUCAUUGCUACCUAACUCUUCUGUACCAAAACCAGCUUUUUAGGCUUCUAAGAUAUCCAGAGCUCUAGGUCACAAAUCUCUACACCUUCAUUAACGCAACUACAGUAUGUACAAUGCAAGAAAGUGACAGAUCACAGCACAGUUUUUAUUUAGAAGUAAAACUAAGAAUAUUUUUUAUAAAGCAGACUGGAAAGUUUGUAACAAUUGUUCAUUUUAUCGGUAGCUGUACAGAUGAAAAUACUGUCUUACACUCCACUUUUUGUUUAAGUGCAUCCAUUUGUAAGUCCUGUGAGGAAACUGACACCUGAACCCUGAAGGCUGUUGGGUAUUGCAUCAAAGCAAGUGGUACUGUAACUUCAAUCGUGUGCUGUGAACUUGGCCUCCGCUGGAUGCCCGCAAGAAGUCACCCUGCCAGCGGUUACUCCAAUUUGUUAGCAAUAGAGCAAGUUACCUUUCACCAGCAUUACUGCCAAGCAGGGAUUAUUUUAGUCUACUACUGACUACACUGUGCUAGAACUAGAACACUCCAAAAUGCUGUGAGAAAGCUGGACACCUGUGGACUCUUUUCCAUCAAAACGGGUAGAAAAAUAAUUUGCUACUUCAGGGUUCUGCUCUGUUUACUUUCUCAUUCUUGUUUAGUUUUCUGUAAGGUAGUCCUUUUGAUAUGUCGUGUAUUCCUUAACUCUGUCAUUUUAUUUAAAUGCCAUUUUCUGUUCAGCAAGCCAAAAAAAUCCAAUGUACUGUCAGUGUGCACCAGAAACUUCAGAGUGGCUUGGUAAAAAUAUACUUGCAUUACUUCUAAAAUUUGCAAUGCAAUUCUGAUCACUAUUGAUACAUGGUAAUUUUCACUGUUGGAAGUUGGUUACAAGCUGAAUAAAAUCACUGAUGCAUUUUGUUUUGUAAACUUGUAUUCAAGUUUACUGUACUACAUAGUAUUUGUAUAAAAUUCAAAGAAUUUUGACUUUUGUUACCUGUACAUGGCAACAAGUUGUCUGGCAUCUUAAAUCCAUCUGUUUAUUAAAAGUACUUUUAUAAAAAAGA